GACUGGGCUCUUGGGGGCAAGACCUCUAUUCUCGUCUACUUCACCGGCGUCAUAUCCGUUGUGGUGGCUAUCGGAACCCUGUUACGGAGAUCCCGGGCUCUCCUCCAGCCGCCGCCUUCCAAGUUUGCCGGAUGGCUGUUCGCCUUGUCUCCUGAAUUAGCUCCGCGACGUAUGGCGCCAUAUAUAAAAAUUUACAUUUUAAUUUAAUUCCAUACCUCCGGUUAUGUCUCAUUUGUUCGUUUACGUUGAGGUAAGAUAUGGAAUCUUUUUUACUAAUUUAUUUACUCUUUUAAUUAUUGCUAAUUCGAAUUUUUUGUGGACUUUGCUAGUUACUAUCCCUUUUAUUUGCAUUAUCAUUAUUGUUCAGCAAUGAACGUUAAUGUUUCCAUAUUAAGUGGGUCUAUUUUCUUUCCCCCUUAUUUGUUGUUAUACAAAUUUUCUGUUUGGAUG